UUCCUCCCCUGGUGAAUUAGUUAUCUGACUGCUGGGCUAGAGUCUGAAACUAACCUAAGAAACUCUACUUUCAGAACCAUCAUGGACCCAAUGGAAAUGAGCACUGGAGGCAUGAGGCAAAGAAGUUCUCAGGAGCAGGCCAGGGGAGAAGAGGAAACACAAAUACUCAAUGGAGAAGCUGAACACCUGGAGAAAAUCACUGCCCGCAUCCAAUGGAAGAGACACCUGGAGGUAAUGAAGGCGAAGGUAUUAGACCAGGUACACAAUCAGCUGAAUGAUCUCUUAGACAAAACCUUGGAAGAAGCAGCUCAUUCCAGACCCCAGCAACUGAGCGUGGUCCCAGCAAAGAAGCAAAGCAGAGAGAAGGGUCAGCUACUGAAGAAGAAAGUCUUUGUCCCUCAACGGUCCUUGUUUGACACGUUGCUGGAGGUGGAACAUUUCCGCACAAUCCAUCACAUAUUUGUGGCCAUGCUCUGUAUCUUUGUCCUCAAACAAAUCAUUGUGGAUUCCAUCGAUGAAGGACGUUUUGUUUUGGAUUUCGAGCUCUUUAUCAUUGGCUUUCGACAGCUGCCCACAGCACUCUUUGCCUGGCUCUGCAUGUUCCUCUACACCUUAUUUUUGCCCUACCAGGCCCUGCAAAUAUGGUCAGGCUGCUUGAAGAUGACCAGGUUCCCCAAUCUCUGGACGGUCUCCUUGGUGGUGGUGCUGCUGCUCUGCCACGCUGCAGUGCUGGGCUUCUUCCCCGUCUAUAUUGUUGUCUAUUGUAAUUUGGGAAUUGGCUCCCGAAAAAUUGUCCUCUAUGAGCAGAUUCGGUUCCUGAUGAAAAGCUAUUCAUUUCUGAGAGAAUCGAUGCCUCCUCUUCUCCAUGCCAGGGACCAAGUUGGGAAGAUAAGCCCUCCUGAAUUCUCAACCUACUUAUAUUUUCUCUUCUGCCCUACUUUGAUCUACAGAAAGAGCUAUCCAAGAGAUCCAUACAUCCGCUGGAGUUACGUCAUCCAAAAACUGGUUGAGUUCCUGGCGUGUAUAUACUUUGUGAAUUUCGUUAUGAAAUACUAUUUCAUCCCUAACUUCAGCAACAUGCAUAAACAACCCUUCACCAUCAAAAUCCAGCUGCUCUCCAUCUUUGAUUCAGUAAUUCCCGGUAUGUGGAAACAAUUAUGAUUUCAUUCCUGUAAUGGGAU